AUGCCCUUUCCCUCCAGAAUCUCCAUAUUUCUUUUACCAGCAGUGUUUUUAGAGAUCUGGAGUCAGAGCAGGCUGCUUCUAGUAACCAUAACACAGUGUGAGGGCUGUCUAUACUCCCAGCCUCAGGGGCCAUGCCACCUGCAGCCUACUCUGUGUGUACAGGAGAGGAGACAGGAACUGUGUCAGCAGCUACUGCUUUCUGCCCCAUGUGAUUAUCCACAUGGCAAAACAGCAAGAGGGAGAUCCUUAGCAACAUCCACAGCAACACCCCUGGCAAUGCCCCUAGCAACAUCCAUAGCAACACCCCUGGCAAUGCCCCUAGCAACAUCCAUAGCAACACCCCUAGCAACACCCCUGGCAAUGCCCCUAGCAACAUCCAUAGCAACACCCCUAGCAACAUCCAUAGUAACACCCCUAGCAGUACCCCUAGCAACAUCCAUAGCAACACCCCUAGCAACAUCCAUAGCAACACCCCUGGCAAUACCCCUAGCAACAUCCAUAGCAACAUCCACAGCAACACCCCUGGCAAUGCCCCUAGCAACAUCCAUAGCAACACCCCUAGCAACAUCCAUAGCAACACCCCUGGCAAUACCCCUAGCAACAUCCAUAGCAACAUCCACAGCAACACCCCUGGCAAUGCCCCUAGCAACAUCCAUAGCAACACCCCUAGCAACAUCCAUAGCAACACCCCUGGCAAUACCCCUAGCAACAUCCAUAGCAACACCCCUAGCAACAUCCAUAGCAACACCCCUAGCAGUACCCCUAGCAACAUCCAUAGCAACACCCCUAGCAACAUCCAUAGCAACACCCCUGGCAAUACCCCUAGCAACAUCCAUAGCAACAUCCACAGCAACACCCCUGGCAAUGCCCCUAGCAACAUCCAUAGCAACAUCCACAGCAACACCCCUGGCAAUGCCCCUAGCAACAUCCAUAAGAACACCCCUGGCAACAUCCACAGCAACUUGGGAGAUGAGAAGCACUGUCAAUGUGUGGCCCUUGGGAGAUGAGAAGCACUGUCAAUGUGUGGCCCUUGGGAGAUGA